GCGAUCAACAAAUCCGACGAGGAAUAUUUCGUCCUAGGCUACCGGACAUGUCCGCUAGGAAGGAAUAUAAAAUUGGGGUAAUAUUCCCUUGGCAUCUUCACAAUCCCGUGCAUGUAUAUAUAAGUUCCUUCCCUCUCAAAGCUUCAUCGUACACAAAAACACAUUCUUCUAGUCUUCUUAAAUCUUCGAGUUCUCCUGUCUGUUCUCCCAUGGCGGCCGGAACUGUCGUGGUUUUCGACUUUGACAAGACGAUCAUCGACGUCGACAGCGAUAACUGGGUCGUCGACGAGUUGGGCUUCACCGGAUUGUUCGACCAGCUUCUUCACACCAUGCCUUGGAAUUCUCUCAUGGAUAGGAUGAUGAAGGAGAUUCAUGCGAACGGGAAGACAAUCGGGGACAUCGAACGAGUUCUCCAGGGCGUCCCGAUUCAUCCCCGGAUUGUUCCGGCUAUAAAAGCAGUUCACGGUUUAGGGUGUGAUUUGAGGAUAGUGAGCGAUGCAAACCUUUUCUUCAUCGAAACAAUCUUGAAACAUCUGGGAAUCCGAGAAUGUUUCUCGGAGAUCAACACUAAUCCUGGCUAUGUCGACGAGGAAGGCCGCCUUAGAAUCCUCCCUUUCCAUGACUUCCAUUCUUCUCCCCAUGGCUGUGCUCGCUGCCCUCCCAACAUGUGCAAGAGUAAGAUUAUUGAAAGGAUUCAAGCAUCUAUGGGUAAGGAAGGGAAGAAGAGGGUGAUCUACCUGGGAGAUGGGAUUGGCGAUUUCUGCCCAAGCUUGAAGCUGAAAGCAGGAGACUUUAUGAUGCCCAGGAAAGACUUCCCAGUCUGGGAGUUGAUCAAAGAAAACAGAUCCCUUCUAGAAGCAGAGAUUCAUGAAUGGAGCAAUGGUGAAGACUUUGAGAGGAUCCUGUUUCAUCUCAUUAACAGGAUUUGCAUUGAAGACAGUCAAUUUCUGGCGGCUGAAUCCAAGUUCCAGGCCAUUUCCAUGCAGCCUUGUGAAGCUCUGCCCAAAGCUAUCCGAGUGCCUUUCUAGUUCUGUUCUUCAAGAAAACAAAAAAAAAACAGUCAUUCUGCAGCUUAAUUGCUUGCAAACAGCAUCUAAUUAUCUUUUAAUGUUGUAUUCAGCAACCUAAGUAACUUCAGUAGUUCCAGUUUGUGGAUGAAAUUCUGUCUGCCUCAAGACCCAAAAGGGCAAUGUUCUGCCACAAGUUUAUAGAAUGAAAAUUUGGUCCCCCCAUAAGUUUCAUGGGCUCAA